AAAAAGUUGUUAAAACAUUCAAUAUGUCUUCAAACCCUCCAUAUAGAAGAAGAUACAAUCUCUACUGGUGCUAUCAAUGUCAUAGAACAGUUCGUGUUAGCUCAGAAAACCCAUCUGAUAUCGUCUGCCCUAAUUGUUUCGGAAGUUUUCUACAUCUCAUUGACAUGACCAGACCAUCACCAGUUAUUCAUUUCACCCAAUUCGAUCCGUCACCUCAAGCUCGUAUUCUGGAAGCGCUAUCUCUGAUGUUAGAUUCCCCAACCAUUCAGAGAAGGAGAAACGGAGACCACCGGAGAGGGGAGGAGUUGAUAAGAACGCGCGGUCGUCGUUGGCAAUGGAGUAAUAACAACCGAGUUUCCGACGAUGAUUGGCGGCCGGAGACGGGUAUUCUUGCUAUUAUGAGACCACCACCUGUUCCACCAAAUGCCCAGCCGGAAAGUUUAAUACCAACAGGAGUAAAUCCACAAGAUUACUUCGUUGGAAAUGGCUUAACUCAACUGAUCGAUCAGUUGACUCAAAACGACCGACAAGGUCCACCGCCGGCAGAAAAUGCAGCCAUAGAUGGAUUACCUACAGUUAGAAUUACUCCGUCUCAUUUAAUCGAUGAUUCUCAUUGCCCUGUUUGUAAAGAAGAGUUUAACUCCGGCGGAGAGGCAAAGGAGUUGCCGUGUAAACACAUCUAUCAUUCUGAUUGCAUUAUUCCUUGGCUUAGGCUUCAUAAUUCUUGCCCUGUCUGCCGCCAGGAGCUGCCGGCGCCGGUUCGGGAUGAGAGCUCCGGCGGGAGUAAUGCCGGUGAGGAAUUUGAUGGUAGUAAUAAUUCAAACAGUAACGGCAAUAGAAGGUGCUUGAGGUUUAGGCAAUUGACUUCUAUUUUCCCGUUUAGAUCAAGGUAUCGGCAAACCCAACAUACUAAUUCUGUUCUUGGUGCAGCUAAUACACAGAUGCAGCAAAACUCUUGUCUCAUUCUCUAAUCAAAUAUAUGUGGGAGCAAAAAAAACCCGAAAAACUCGGUCUCAUCAGAACAUCGAAUCGCGGUUUGCAAAGUUGGCGAAAGGGAUAAUAAACUGUCUAUAUUGAGCCUACAAAGAGCCAUGUCGUGUAAAUUUCCAUAUCGUUUCGUCUUAUUUAAUGUUAUCAACUUAAUUCGUAAAGACUUAUAUUCGGUUUGAAAAUAUAUUAUUGAUUAUGGUGUAAAUUAAACUUGAAAUUAUAAUUUGGAUUUA